CCGCUGAGGAGCGUACGAGACCCGGAGGGACGGAGAGACGCUGGGGACAAGGGGGCCAGAGACCGGGGACCGAGGCGGAGCCACGCGCGGCUUUUCUAGGAAGGAUCGGGACGGGGCUCCGCUGGUUUCCGGUGCUGCAGACCCGACCGGCGGUGUGCGAUAACCCAGAGCUGUAUCCCCCCCCCCCCCCAUCCCGUAUCUUCAUCGUCAGCAUCGUCAUCAUCACCAUUACAGAGCGCCACGCUGGGGGGGCGGGUGUUUAAUGGGACUUGAUCGGGUCUAACAGCGCCCCCCCACAGCUCCCCGAGCCCCCCCGCAGGGCACUCCCGGCUUCAGCAUGGCAGGAAACCUGAAGAAAGGCGGGGGACUCAUCGGAAUGAUGAAGGACAGGUUCCAGCCUCACCACCACCACCUGCACGCGCACCACCAGCCUGGGGCCGUGGACAAGAAGACGGUGGAGAAGUGCUGGAAGCUCAUGGACAAGGUAGUACGACUUUGCCAGAAUCCCAAGCUGGCAUUGAAGAACAGCCCGCCCUACAUCCUGGACCUGCUGCCGGACACUUACCAGCACCUGCGUACCAUUCUGUCGCGAUAUGAAGGCAAAAUGGAGACACUGGGCGACAACGAGUAUUUCCGUGUCUUCAUGGAGAACCUGACCAAGAAGACUAAGCAGACCAUCAGCCUGUUCAAGGAGGGCAAGGAGCGCAUGUACGAGGAGAACUCCCAGCCCAGACGGAACCUGACCAAGCUCUCGCUGAUAUUCAGCCACAUGCUGGCGGAACUCAAGGCCAUCUUCCCCAACGGCCUCUUCCAGGGUGACAAUUUCAGGAUCACUAAGGCGGAUGCUGCGGAAUUCUGGCGAAGGUCUUUUGGGGACAAGACCAUAGUGCCAUGGAAGGUCUUCCGCCAGGCUCUGCACGAGUUCCACCCCAUCAGCUCCGGCCUGGAAGCCAUGGCCCUCAAGUCCACCAUUGACCUGACCUGCAACGACUACAUUUCUGUCUUUGAGUUUGACAUCUUCACCAGGCUCUUCCAGCCAUGGUCCUCGUUAUUGCGGAACUGGAACAGCCUGGCCGUGACCCACCCUGGUUACAUGGCCUUCCUCACAUAUGACGAGGUCAAGGCACGUCUGCAGAAGUUCAUCCACAAGCCCGGCAGCUACAUCUUCAGGCUGAGCUGCACGCGUCUGGGCCAGUGGGCUAUUGGCUACGUGACGGCCGAUGGCAACAUCCUGCAGACCAUCCCACACAACAAGCCCCUGUUCCAGGCCCUCAUCGAUGGAUUCCGAGAAGGAUUUUACCUGUUCCCUGACGGUCGCACACAGAACCCUGACCUGACCGGCUUGUGUGAGCCAUCCCCCCAAGAUCACAUCAAAGUCACACAGGAGCAAUAUGAGCUUUACUGUGAGAUGGGCUCCACCUUCCAGCUGUGCAAGAUAUGUGCAGAGAAUGAUAAGGAUGUGAAGAUCGAGCCCUGUGGCCACCUCAUGUGCACCUCCUGCCUCACUGCCUGGCAGGAGUCGGAGGGUCAGGGUUGCCCCUUCUGCCGGUGUGAGAUUAAGGGCACUGAGCCCAUUGUGGUGGACCCCUUCAACCCAAAGGACAACAGCAGUGGCUCGGUGAGCAGCUGUGCAGGGAUGUUUGGGGCAGAGGGUGCCCAGUCUCCUGGCUACGAGGAUGAUGAUGAUGACCGGCUAGAGGAUCCCCACUUUGUCAUAAGCAAGCUGGCCUGUACCAAGGUGGAACGUCCUCCUUCACCCCUCUCCACUGGGCCUCAGGCUGGCCUGCCUCCAGUACCCCCUCGGCUGGACCUGCUGCAGCAGCGGCCAGCCAACCCUCCCGGGGCCUCUAGCCCAGGAGCCACAUCAAAGGCCCCCACUCACCACAAGGAUAAGCCCCUCCCACUGCCACCAUCCUUACGGGACCUGCCGCCACCACCACCUCCUGAUCGCCCUCCUCCUUCUGCUGGUUCCGAUGGUCGAAUGCAGCGGCGUCCCUUGCCCAGCACACCAGGAGGGGAUUCUCCUCGCGACAAGCUACCUCCUGCACCCCCUAACCGUGGGCCAGCUGACUGGAAUCCCAGACCAGUACCCAAGGCGCCUGGGCAAACAGCUGGCAUGGUGGACACACGUGGCUCCCGGGAGCUGUCGAAUCGCCACUCGCUCCCCCUGGCCCUGCCAUCUACAAUGGAUGGAUGUGCAGACCCCUUGAUGAACAAUUGCUCCUUGAGCAUGGACCAGCAGUUGAAUUUUGGAGGCGCAACCCUUGGAAGUCAUGAGUACGACAGCCCCAAAGUGAAGCCGUCCUCCUCAGCCAACGCCAUCUACGCCAUGGCCAGCAGGCCUUUCCCUGCCCCGAAACAGCCAACGACUGAGGAGGCUUUUGAAAGCGACGAGGAGGCAGAGUACAUGAGCCCCUCCUCCCGACCAGUCCUCCCCCUAGAAGCCAUACCAAGACCCCCUCUUCCUGGUGCUUUCCCUCCUCGGACCCUACUGGGUGACCCGGAGACUGAAGGACCUCAGAUGUACGAAGCCAUGUACAAUAUCCAGACUCAGGCGCUCUCUGCCCCCUUGCCCCGUCAGGCCAGAGACUCUGAUUACUCUGACCUGCCGCCUGCAGCCAGCGCCAGUGUCUUCAGAGAGCCCCCUGUGGGGCAGGAGCGCACCGAGGAAGAGAAUGGCUAUGACUGCCCCAGACCUCCAGUGCCCCCUGGCUCCGCACGCCGCACCCUAUCUGACAUCACCGGCAUCUCAUCGUCCUUCAGCCGCCUCUCCAUGGAUGGCGAGCCCAGCGGAGCAGUUGGGUUUUCUGAGUCUGGUCAAGCCCCUGAGCGACCCCCCAAGCCACUACCUCGUCGCAUCAACUCGGAUCGGCGGGCAAGCCCCGUUCCCCCAUUGGGCGGAGUCGGGGGGACCAGCCCUCAGAUCUCAGGUGAAAUCGAGCAUCUGAUGAACCAGGGCUACUCCUACCAGGACAUCCAGAAGGCCCUCAUGAUAGCACAGAACAACAUUGAGAUGGCCAAGAAUAUCCUCCGCGAGUUUGUGUCGAUUCCCUCCACAGCGCACAUCCUCACAUAGCAGCGUCCCCCCCCCCCCCACACCUUGUCAUAGGCCAUGGUCCGAGGCUCGUUGGCUGACCUCUGAUUGAGAGAGGUGUCCUUUGCACUCUCUGAAGCCUGUCUAUCCCUUUCUCUAGAUAGUCAGUAACCUGCAAGGCUGUCUUCCAGCAGUUUUAGCCUGAGCUGAAGCAGAGAAAUAUGCAGCUUUGUGAUGUUGACGUGUUACACAGUCCAGAGCUGAGCCUCCUGGGGAGGAGUUUUCAGCCCUUGAGGAACGUAUGCUGUUGCUGCGCGUUGGGGUUCUGGCCAGUGAUGGGGAGCGUAGAGGAACAGCGUAGGCCAAUUUGACCUGUACAUCUCUUCUGCCCAGAUGCUAGCUGCUUUUCAGAAAUGAUAUUUGGCCAAGCUGCACGGGAGCCUGACUGUGAAUCGGCGACACCGUCUGUUUGUAGCUCCUGUGCUUCUUUGACCGCCAUUCUGAGUGUGAUUUAUAAUCAUUUUAAGAAUCCUCUCUCUACCUAAGCUUGGCAUAAGAGCUCCAGCCUUUCAUGGACCUCAGGCUGAUUUAUUGAACUGUUGCGCCUCAGAGUUGGACCAGUUGUUUGAGCUCAGCAUGGGAGCAGGAAACAUCCAGCGAGAUACCUCCUGUCUGCUUCCAAGUUCUGCUUCAGGACUUCAGCUUUUUGUACCAUCCCAAAUUGAUUGGCUUGCUGCACUCAAAAAGAUCAAAGUGCAGUGGCAGAUUUUACUUUUUAUUUCUUUUCUUGCACAUCUCUGCCUGCUCUGUACAAUUGGACGACUUAAAAAUUCUCUGCAAUGUUGGAGAGGGCAAUGUCGAGUUUCGCCGUGAUCAUGGGCUUAGGUGUUUUACUCUGCCUUUUGUCACAAGUGUGUUGUUUAGCAGGGGUCUGUACUCACUUCCUUUCUUGAUUCGCUUUCACUUUGACCCCAGAAGGAUUCCAUGGUCAUUCGGAGCAUAAUGGCCAUCAAGGUUCUCGUGGAUCUAGAGAAGAGUACCUCACCACGUUGUGCUCCUGUCCUCUUUCUGUGAAAACGCAUCAGUUCUGAAAAAUGGGUUAACGUAAAAAUCCUGCAGCAGAACAUUUUCUUUAAUUCUAAAAGUUAUAAACUUUUUUUCCUCUCCCCAAGUCUAAUAAGUACUUACUGGCUUUUUUGGAACAGAAACUCUGAAGUGUGAUAGUGAAACAAAUGAAUUGUUAAUGCAAUAGGUGAUCUUCUGCUUCCCUUCCAUUCUCUUGUUCUAACUGUGGUCAGAAGACAACGUAGCAGUGGGGGUGGGUAGUUUCAGAGCUUCGGUGUCAUGUGAAAGCUGUUGAAUACGUAGCUCUUUUAAACAUAAUUGUUAUGAAGUCAGAAGUGCUUUACUGCUGCUACCGGUGGCUCUGCUAAACAAGUACGCCUUAGGUGUAUAUUUGUGAUUAUUGUGCAGUGUAAAUUUUUUUUUUUUUUUUUUGUUUGUUUGUUUAAAGUGACAGUAUCCUCCC